AUAGAAAUUGAAAAAUUUUUGUACUCCGUUACAAUAGGCAUCUUUUAAUGGAUUAGCGUUAAAUAAACUGCAUAACGGGAGCAUUUUAAUUUACACAGAAUGUUUUAAACCGGUUUUAUAAAUAUAAAAACAAUCAUUUUUUUUUAAAAGAAAUUAAAGAAAUUCCUCUUUUUUUAAAUUAAUUAUCUUUUUCUUUUUAGUAAAGAACUUAAUUAUUAAUCUUUAAUAUUAUAAUAAACAUUCUUUAUUACUGAAUAAAGCACAAAUUUUAAUAUCUUGAUCCUGAAAAAUAUUUGAUAGUAUGCCGCGACAUCUAAAAAAUCCUAGAAUUUUAAUUUUAAUAACAGUAUUCUUCUUAAUCUUUAUAUUGUAUAUAUCAACCUCAAAUUUUCAAUCAAAAUCAAUAAUUACCACGAAUAAUUCUGAUGAUAUAUCUUACUUAUUGGCACCAUCGUCAUAUGGUUACAAAAACUUUACUGAAUUUAUUCCAGGACAUAUUCCGUUAAUACUUUCAAUACCUCACGGAGGUCAUUUGUUUCCGGAUGAAAUUCCUGAUAGAAAACAAAACAUUCCAGGAAUAGUAAAAUCUAAUGAUAUAAAUACACAGGAAAUUGGUCACUCGUUAUCUAAAAGAAUUAUGCAAAUAUUGAAUGGAAGAAGGCCAUAUAUUGUAAUUAAUCAUUUGGGAAGGAGUAAAAUUGACGUUAAUCGUCCUUUGAAAGAAGGUGUUGAAAUUGAAACAAGUAACGAAACACAAAUUGUAUGGAAUGAUUAUCAUUCCUUUAUAAGAGAUGCCAUUGAUGAGGUUGACUUGCGUUUUGGACGUGGUUUAUUAAUUGACAUUCACGGUCACGGUCAUCCGGAAAAUUAUAUUGAAUUGGGAUAUGUAUUAUCAUCAGAAAUUUUAUCACUUUCCACCACUGUAUUAGAUAACAAUAUUGAAAUUGCUUCAGAAUCAAGUAUAAGAGCAUUAUACACUCGUAUGAAAAACAUGAUUAGUUUUUCAGAAUUAUUAAGAGGGGAAUAUACUUCACUUGGCGGAAAAUUACAAAGUCUUGGAUAUGAUACAAUCCCUUCGCAUACGCAUAAAUUUCCAAUGCCGAAUGAAAGAUAUUUUCAUGGAGGUUAUUCUGUACAAAGAUAUGGCUCAAGACAUAAUGAACAAGUUGUAGAUGCCAUACAAAUAGAAUUACCUAGAUUUUUAAGACUUGGAAAUAAGAGGUUACGAGAGAAUUUCAGUAAUAAUCUUUCUCAAACUCUCGUUUGGUAUAUUCAAAAAUAUUAUUUUUCAGAAAAAUCUUAAUUAAAUUUAUUAGAAGUAUAGAUAAUUAUAAAAUUAGAGC